CGCCAAACUCGUCCAGGUCACUCACGUGAUUCCAGAAGACGUCGCACGCUUCAAGAGUGAAGAAAGGGAGUUGCGCAUAGAAGAGGAGAAAGCAAGAAUUCUGGAUGACCUGGAGCAUGCUGAUGUGAUAGUCUCAGUGGGCCCACGCUUGUAUGACUAUUACAAAAACGAGACAAGAGAAGAAGACCACCACCUGGAGUUUUUGCCUGAGCCGUCUGCCAUCUUCCAGAACACGCAAGUGAAAUAUGUCGACACGAAAACGAAAGUGGUGCUGUCCGUUGGCAGGGUCAAGGGCGUGGAGAGGCUAAAAGGCUACGAUCUGGUCGCGAAGUCCCUAGGUGAGGUGAUCAAGGUUCGGCCUAACACCAAAUGGCGAGCCCGGGGCAUAAAGCGUGAAGAUUUCCCAGAAAGCAAGGCAAUCAUCCAAGCCAAUAAAGUUGAGUUCGUACCCUUCACUCCCCUGCAGUACGGCACCCAGGAAGAUCUGUCCAAGGACAUGCGGCAGGCCCAUGUCGUCCUGAUGCCGUCUCGUGCAGAACCAUUCGGACUUGUAGGUCUGGAGGCUAUCGCUGCAGGGGUGCCAGUCCUGGUCUCCAACAAGUCUGGUCUUGCCUGGUUCUUGGACCAAGAUCCCGACUGGGACCGCCCCAUUGUGGAGAUUGCAGAUGAGGACGACGACGAAGCCGCCAAAACACUGGCCAAGCGGAUCAUCAGGAUCCUGAACAACGGGAGUAAGGAGUUCGAGGCUGCAAGAAGGCUGAAGGAGAGGCUUUUGGGCUCAAAAUACUGGGUCGCGUCACACAACAAGUUUCUGGAGAUAUUCGGCCUUUAGGUCCUUUAGCUAACAUCUUCCACCAUCAGUGUAUAUGGGUUGCCUCAACAUGGAGGAGGUAUUGUCAUCCACGUUUAAGUCUAGGUUUGUUUAUGUGUUUCCUGUGAACCGUGAAUAUUUCGGAUCGAUUUCGACCAACUUCAAAUUGAAGAAUAACCUGGCUACAUUUUGCAAAAAUUAAGUAUCUUUCUUUAAUAGACCGUAGAAAUGCAAAACAUGAUUUCUAGAUUGAAAGAAAGUGUUAAAUGUAAAAGUGUGAAAGUUGAUUAUGGGACAUGAAUAAACUCGAUA